AUGGCCGACUUCACAACAAGCCUAGUAGCUAGGUCAUUACCGAAGAUCGAGACAAUCGAGAAUGGACCAAUAUCAGGCCUCCAGGCAUAUGGAUCGCUUCUUCUCGUCUCGAGCGUCAUCGUCGUUGUCAUCAUCGCCAACAUCCUCGAAAGAUGGCUACUGGAAAGAGUCUACGGCGAUAUCUACGCAGUUUUGCAACGCCCCGAGAACGAGAAGAGACGGCGUUCCUUCACCUACUACCACAUCGGUGCCAUCAUCAUGCUCACGCUCUUCUGCAUCGGUGUCUACCCUGUCAUGCGCUUCCUCAUUGGGUCUGCCGAUUUAUCAACAGACGUGUCGCCAGGACCAGGGAGGCGUAUCAGAGUCGGCGACCUCUUGUACACAGUUUCGCAAACAUACAGCGCCUACUAUGUCUUCGAGCUCUGCUACCGGACGCAGUUUGCGAGUCCCCUCAGCAUCGCGCAUCAUAUUGGACUCUUGGCCAUCACACAGACCGCUCUCUCCCUUUUCGGAAAUAUCAAGAAACACCCGGAAGCAACAAUCGAGUUCUACAUGUGUAUGGUGUGGGGCGCUUUCGAUGUUGUAGUAGAACUUCCCAUCUACCUUUCCAUGAUCAUCUGGCGACUCAAGCGCGGCGACCAUCGACUGCUCUCCUACCUCACCUCCGCCUGUUUCGUAUGGGUUAUUGUUGGCGCAGUCUCGGAGACCGCAGUCACGAUUUACCUCUUGCACAAGUCUUGGGACCGAUGGGGUCACGUGUGGAGAGUAGUCACUCCCCUCAUCUUCACGCUGUGGAUAACAACUCAGCUUUACGGCGCAACGAGGCUCUUGGCGAUGGCUCGGUCGGAGAAGCGGAAGGCCAGCAAGCGAUCACCAGAAGAGGGUUCUGUGGAGCCCAUCGCCGAACUACCAGGAACGAUGGAAGACGGAGAAAUUCCCGGACAAGAAGAGUCCAAAAGCAAAGCAGUCUAA